UCACGCCUCAGUGAAAGUCGGACGGCCGGCCCAGCCCGCUACGGACAGCCCAGGGGUCACCAUGCUGAUCGGCGCCACCAAACAGCUGAUGAUGACGUCCCGGUGUCCGUUCCUGCGGAUGUUCCCGGCCCAGUACCUGCAGACGUAUGGUGGCCGACUGGCCUCGCAGUACGGCGCCAGCUGCCCGAUCAUCUCCCGCCAGCUGGGCACGGCCGCUACCGGGCCAGGUCCGGCGAGCAAGUGUCCCUUCCUGCACGACAAGAAGUCGGCGGGGAUCGUGAAGGAGACGACGGUGGACGCCUUCAGCGAUACCAUCUCCGUCACCGAGCCCCCGGGCCGUGCCGCCGAACUGUGCCGAGGUUCGACGCCAGCGGGGUGUCGAGCGUUUGAUUACGAGGGAUUCUUCCGUGACCAGAUCCGUAAGAAAAAGGAAGACCACUCGUACCGGAUCUUCAAGAAGGUGCUGCGCAGCGCGGACCAGUUCCCGGCGGCAGCGGAGUUCUCCCAGGGCAGGCGGGAUGUCACUGUCUGGUGCAGUAACGACUACCUGGGCAUGUCCCGUCACCCGACCGUCAUUGGAGCUGUCAGCCGCGCCCUGCUAGAGCACGGCGCUGGCGCCGGCGGCACGCGCAACAUCUCCGGCAACACGCUCUUCCACGAGGAGCUGGAGCGGGAGCUGGCCGACCUGUACCAGAAGACCGGAGCGCUGCUGUUCACGUCCUGCUACGUGGCCAACGACACCACCCUGUUCACGCUGGCACGCUCGCUGCCCGGUUGUCAGAUCCUCUCGGACGCCGGCAACCACGCCUCGAUGAUCCAGGGCAUCCGCAACUCUGGCGUCGACAAGUUCAUCUUCCGGCACAACAGCCCCGAGCACCUGGAGGAGGUGCUGUCCGGCCUCGACCCGGCCCGGCCCAAGAUCGUCGCCUUCGAGACGGUGCACUCGAUGACCGGCGCCGUCUGCCCGCUGGAGACGCUCUGCGAUGUGGCUCACAAGUACGGGGCUCUGACCUUUGUGGACGAGGUGCACGCCGUGGGCCUCUACGGAGAGAACGGAGCUGGAAUCGGAGAACGGGACCAAGUUCUAGACAAAAUGGACAUAAUUUCUGGAACGCUAGGCAAGGCUUACGGCAACGUGGGCGGCUUCAUCGCCGCCUCCGCGUCGCUGGUGGACGUGGUGCGCAGCUACGGCAGCGGCUUCAUCUUCACCACCUCGCUGCCGCCGACGGUGUGCGCCGGCGCGCUGGCCGCCAUCCGCGUGCUGCGCACCGAUGAGGGCCGCCAGCUGCGCGCCACGCACCAGGAGAACGUGCGCCAGCUGCGCGACACGCUGACGGCCGCCGGCAUACCGGCGGAGCACUGCCCGAGCCACAUCAUCCCGGUGCACGUGGGCAACCCGGUCACCUCGUCCCGGAUCUCCGACCGGCUGCUGGCCGAGCGCGGUCACUACGUCCAGGCAAUCAACUACCCGACGGUGCCGCGGGGUCAGGAGAAGCUGCGUAUUGCGCCCACCCCUCACCACACGCCGGACAUGAUCGACCGCUUCGCCGCCGACCUGGUCGACAUCUGGCUGCAGGAGGGACUCAAGCUCAACAACAACGCCUGCCUCAAGGAGUGCCUGUACUGCCACCAGCCGCUGGAGUUCGAGCGCGCCGGCUGCCGGGUGCGGGCCGCACCCGCCUGUCAGGAGCCGCACUGCCCGCAGAUGGCCGCCGCCCAGUGACCGGCCGGGCCAGGCUGGCCGCGCGGCCACGGUCGGCCGCCGGCGCCGCGGCGACGUCGGCCCACCCGGCGGCCGCCGCGCGCAGUGUCGUGACGCAGAGGAGGGUGUGGAGGAGGGCUGGGUGUCGGCUGCAGCUGGUAAUGGUGGCGCAUAAGGGCGGCAGAGUGGUUCUGGGAUGGGAGUCUUAGUCAUGGAAGUCUUAGUUGGGAGCGGAGUGCCGAGGAGAUAUUGAAUGGUGUUAGUCACGCGCUGGUGAACGAAAAUAAAUGGCUACAAAC